CAGCGUGCGGAGCAGAGCUCUUGCCUGCGCCUCCUCCUCCUUCUCCUCUUCAUCCUGGUGGCUCAGCUGCUUUUCUUCCUCCGCAGUCCUGAAGCUGCUUCUCCUUCUCGUUGUCCUCUUUCGUCACCUUCUUCUUGUUGCUCUUUUUUUCCUCCCACUCGCUGCAGGCUCACUUUGGAUCGCUUUCCUUUUUCUGCCCGCUUUUGCCUUUUUUUCUCUUGGUCUUGUUUUUGCGCACUGAGGACGCGGCGACGGCUGGCGUCGGCGUGCCUGCGUGCGCGCGGGCGUGCACGCGGCCAUGGCUCCCCGCAUGCUGCUUGCGCUGCGCGCGUGCUUGCUGCUGUUUCAGGGAGCGACGCUGCACGCCGACUCCAUCAUUCACAUCGGUGCGAUCUUUGAGGAGAACGCGGCCCGGGACGACGAGGUGUUCCAGCUGGCCGUGUCGGACCUCAGCCUGAGCGAUGACGUGCUGCAGAGUGAGAAGAUCACGCACUCCAUCAAGCUCAUCCAAGCCAACAACCCUUUCCAGGCCGUGCAAGAAGCCUGCGAGCUGAUGAACCAAGGCAUCCUGGCACUGGUGACGUCCACGGGCUGCGCCUCGGCCAGCGCGCUGCAGUCCCUGACGGACGCUAUGCACAUCCCGCACGUGUACGUGCAGAGGAACGGCGGCGGCUCGCCCAGGACCUCGUGCCAGCUCAACCCCAGUCCGGGAGGGCGCGGGUACACGUUGGCGGCCCGCCCGCCUGUGCGCCUCAAUGACGUCAUGCUGACACUGGUGGAAGAGCUGCGCUGGCAGAAAUUCAUCGUCUUCUACGACAUCGAGUACGACAUGCGAGGCCUUCAGGGUUUCCUGGACCGGGCGUGUCGAGAAGGUCUGGACGUGUCUCUGCAGCGGGUGGACAAGAACAUCAGUCAGGCUUUCAGCAACCUGUUCACUUCCAUGAGGACGGAGGAGCUCAACCGAUACCGCGACACGCUGCGCCGCGCCAUCCUGCUGCUCAGCCCGCAUGCCGCACACGCCUUCGUGCAGCAGGCGGUGGAAACCAAUCUGGCCUCCAAGGACAGCCACUGGGUAUUUGUCAACGAGGAAAUCAGCGACGCUGAGGUCCUGGAGCUUACCGACGGCGCGCCGGGGCGCAUGACGGUCGUCCGGCAGAUUUUCCCGCUGUGGAAAGACGGCGGCGCUCGAUGCGUCAGACACAACCAUCGCAUCUCGUCGCUGCUGUGCAACCCUCGGGAAGGCUACCUGCACAACCUGGAGGUCUCCAACCUGUACCUGUACGACAGCGUGCUGAUGCUAGCCAACGCUUUCUACAGGAAGCUGGAGGACAGGAAGUGGCACAGCAUGGCCAGCCUCAACUGCAUCAGGAAGUCCACCAAGCCCUGGAACGGAGGCUGGUCCAUGCUGGAGACCAUCCGGAAGGGCAACAUCACGGGGCUGACGGGCACCAUGGACUUCAAGGAUGCCGGGGCCAACGCGCACGUCCACUUUGAGAUCCUAGGCUCCAGUUUCGGCGAGACCUUCAGCAAGGACAUCAAGCGGUUGGCCACGUGGGACCCGGUGCGCGGCCUGAACGGUAGUUUGAAGGAGAGCCGCAUCGAGAGCGGCAUGCAGGGAGUCACCGUCAAAGUGGUCACCCUGCUGGAGGACCCGUUUGUGAUGGUCGCAGAGAACAUCCUGGGCCAGCCCAAACGCUACAAAGGCUUCUCCAUUGACGUGCUGGACGCUUUGGCCAAAAACCUGGGCUUCAAGUAUGAGAUCUACCAGGUGUCGGAUAGCAAAUACGGGUCUCAGCUUUCCAACGGCUCCUGGAAUGGGAUGAUCGGCGACCUGAUCAACAAGAGAGCCGACCUGGCCGUGUCGGCCAUCACCAUCACGCCGGAGCGCGAGAACGUGGUGGACUUCAGCAAGCGCUACCUGGACUACAGCGUGGGGAUCCUGCUGAGGAAGCCCGAAGAGAAGAUCAACAUCUUCUCGCUCUUUGUGCCUUUCGACUUGGCCGUGUGGGCCUGCAUCGCUGCCGCCGUCCCGCUGGUGGGCGUCCUCAUCUUCCUGCUCAACCGGCUGCAGGCGCUGCGCUCGUCGGCUGCCCGCAACGCGCCGGCGGGCCAGCCUGCCGAAGGUUCGGUCGCCGGAUCCCUGCAUGGCGCCGUCUGGAUCGUCUACGGGGCUUUUGUGCAGCAAGGCGGCGAAGGCGCGGUGGCGCUGAGGAUCGUCAUGGGCAGCUGGUGGCUCUUCACGCUCAUCGUAUGCUCGUCGUACACGGCUAACUUGGCGGCGUACUUGACCGUGUCCCGCAUGGACCACGCCAUACGGUCCUUCCAGGACUUGUCGCGGCAGAUGGAGGUGGACUACGGCACGGUGAGGGACUCGGCCGUGUACGACUACUUGCGCAACAAAGGCACCAACCCGCUGGAGCAGGACGGCACCUACGCCGAGCUGUGGAGGACCGUCAGCAAGAACGGCGGCCUGGACUUCUCCGUUUCCAGCCCCUCGGAGGGCAUCCGCAAGGCCAAGAAGAGCGCAUACGCCUUCUUGUGGGACAUGGCGGCGUUGGAGUAUGCAGCGCUGACGGACGACGACUGCGCCGUCACCGUGUCGGGCAGCGGCGUCGGCAGCAAAGGCUACGGUAUCGCCUUGCAGCACGGCAGUCCCUACAGGGACCUCUUCUCACAAAAGAUCCUGGAGCUGCAGGAGAAAGGCGACCUGGACGUCCUGAAGCAAAAGUGGUGGCCCCGCGCCGGGCGCUGCGACCUGAGCGGCCACGCCAGCGCGCACCCGGACGGCCGCUCGCUCAAACUGCACAGCUUCGCCGGCGUCUUCUGCAUCCUGGCCGCCGGGCUGCUGCUGGCCUGCCUGGUGGCCGGCCUGGAGGCCUGGUGGGGCGGCCACGGCUGCCGCCGACGCCGCCACGCGCCCAAAGAGGUCGCUAAGGAUUACGGGCUGGCUUUGGUUUCGGGUCCGUUGACUUAUAGUGACUUUUCUCCGUCCGAGGGGAGGAGGGACGUUUGGCCAGACGCAGGGAGAGGCUGGCAGCCAGCGCUUGCCGUUGGCACAGGACAAGGAGGUCAACCUGGAACAGGUGCACCGGCGUAUGAACAGUCUUUUGGACGAGGACUUGGUCCACAAGCAGAUUCCCGGCCCCUCUAUCGAGAUCUCUGCGCUGGACAUGGGCAGCGUGGCGCCCGGCCAGGCGGGCCUGCUGCCUCCGGGUCUCUCUGUGACCACCUUCCUGCCCAGGGAGGGGCCGCCGCCGCCGCCCGUGAGCCACCCUCACCUUGGGGGGACUCUGGGCCGGACGCCGCCCCAGCUGCCUGGCCAGCACCCUGGCAGCGGCGUGCUGGCACCCCAGCUGGUGGCCAGCAUGCAGUGCAAGCACAGGGCGCCCAACGGGGGGAUCUUCCGCCAGAGCCCUGGCAAGGUGGCACUCUACCAGGCCGGACCCCUCACCGCAGCCAUUGAUGCCACCCACAGCACCUCCAUUUAGGCUGACCAGGUGUUUUUCUACCCGCCACUUGACUUUUCUGCUGCUGUAAAUUGGUGUAUAUAACAACAAGUGGGCCCCAAAUGUAUUUUGAAUAUUCUCCACUUUUCAACUCGCAUUCUACAAAAUAUAUUGUGUAUAUAAGGCGUGCAUAUACGGAUCUCAAUAUAGCCACCAGAAGUUUUCUAAUGUUAGUCCAACACGUGACAGAAGCUAAAUUUACGGUGAUUGUUUUCUCGAUGGCUCAAAAAAAAAGUAAGCGCUUUCCAUUCGCCGCUCCGCAAUUGUUUUUGAACGUCACCGUCGCCAUGACGACAGACAGAUUUAAUCCCAAUCGUUAUCUUUAAUCAAAGUUCAUCUUGUUUCAUUUCCUCCCCCUAAUCAAAAAGUCAAACUUCAUUAGAUGCUAAUGUCGGCACGGGUCAGCGCUAUUUGAUCUCAGGCGAUGAUGCUCGGCUCUGGUUGCCGUGACGACGCUGCUCCGAACACACGCAAAAAACCCAACCUUUUUUGGUCUGAAUGGAGUGAAACAGACGAGAGUCGACCGUCUGGCCGCCGUUCCCGUUCCUCGCCUCCUCCAUUGUGAGUCAAAGCUUCGUUGGGGCCGCUGGGCGCUUUUUCUUCACUGCCGUGUGAUGGAAAAGUUUAGCUUAGCAUGCUAAAUGUCUGCGAUCUUUCUCACUCAUCACAGGCGGGCAAACGUUGAAUGGCGACAGCUGGACUAUUCUUUGAGGUGUGGCCUUGUCAAAGUGUUUUUUGUCCACUUUGUGGUGCGCCCACUCACAAAUGUUAACGCACCUAAAUUUUCCAGCCGAAGCGGUCCGGUCGCGUGCGUUCAACUUUUGCUUGGCGUCGGCUGGCUUGCUCUCGGGAGGCCGCCGCCCGCUUGUCUUUUGUGCUCCAACGGAGGACUUUAAUUUAUGGCCACGCCGCUCGGUGGACUUUCUUAUCUUUAAUAAAGAAGUAUGUUUACAACA